CAAGCUCAGACCGCCGAAAACAAGAGCAUCAUGGCGAAGACAGUCGCAAAGCUUCGAGCGAUCAUGAACCAUCUCGACGUGUCUACGCUCGAGCAGUAUUUCGUGCACGAAGUCGAACCUUUCUUUGUCUGCGAUAAAGUUACGGUGGACGUGUUCAACGGAUAUUUUGGAAAAGGACAGCCACGGAUUCCUCUGCGAUGCGUUGAGCUCGUGGAAGAUCGCGUUUUGGUGGUCGAGUAUCCCAUUUCAAGAGUGCAUGAGAGCACCAAAGCGGAGUUCAGUUGCGAGUUCCUUCAGUCUUGUGGGGACGGCUUCGCAUUUGGCCUGGCGGGCUCCAUGACGUGUCAUCGACCUGGGCACCCCGACAAGGAAGCGGACGCGACUUUCACUCCAUUAAACAGUACGCCAGGAAGAACAACCCUGCCGGUACUGAAGGAUGGAAGCACCCGCCGUUUCCAAGAUUGGAUCACAUUCGCUGUCGAGGUUGGACGCUAUCAGUCGUGGGCGAGUCUCGAACGAGCUGCACACUGGUGGUUCGAAUACACCGGAGUUCAAUAUGUUCUCCUCAUCAAAGUCAGUAAGAGAGCUCGAGCCAUGGCGUAUCGCCUCUAUGAUGUUCAAGACUACGACGAAACCAAUCAAGUGCCACCUCCAGCGGCGGCGGCGGCGACCUUUCGAUACCAAACACAUGGAGCCCCUGUCAAUGUCACAUUGGACAAUCGCCGCAUUCUGUCGAUUCCGCCAACUGUGAAUCUCCCCCCUGGUGUGAAUGACACGACUGUGAUCGACCUGCGACUUGUGAUGCGCCAGGUCAUCGACUCCAUUUGAUUGGUGCAUUGAUUGGUUUCCCACAAUAACAUGUACUUCGAAGUAGCUAUGUUACCAGUAUGUUAGGGGGCUCCUCUGGAUACCACGCCAUAUAAAUAUGCCAAAACUCGAAAUGAGAUUUUACAAAAUUUGUCCAAAAUACAAACGAAAUACAAAAUGAAG